GCAAUACAACCGUUGGAGUGUUCGUGUGUGUGCCAACGGCUAGGUUGGUCAUUUUAUGCGUGCGUAAGUGUGUGUACAGCUGUUGGCUCCAUCCGCAGCAACAGACGCAGCAGAAGCAGCGGCGACGUGAUUUUAGUCGAGUUGCCGCUGCCGCAUCAGAUCACACUUCGCCUUCAAGCGCACUUUAAUCGGUAAUCGGAAUCGGAACCGAGUCUUCGUCUGUUAUCGUUUCUAUCCGCCUCUUUUUUGUCACCAAAUACAUGUACAUACAUACAUAUUAUUUUUCUGUGUCGCGAUGGUUUGCCGCCGCUAAGUGCGGAAAUCUAUUUGUUUAUUUACGCAUUUGGAGAUACAAAUAAUAAACCUUACUUGUAUAAAAAUUAAACAGCACUAAAAUUAAUUAAGUGAAAGGUGCAACGAAAACACAUCAUCAACUUAUAACUUAAAAUAUAAUAUUAAGGUGCACGUGGCUGCGUUCAAUAAAUCAACAAACUGAACAUAAAAAAUAAAAUUAUAGCAGCAGACGUCUUUAAAAUCCAUACAUAGAACUCCGUUUUAACUUAUAUACAGAUUUACAAUAGAAUAGCACCUCAACAAAGAAUUUUUUGAAACAAAAAACAAAAAUUACCUUAUUAUUAUUCAUGAAAGUGCAUACGAGUUUGUGUACUCGGACAAGUCGCUGUUUAAAGAGGAUGUUAUAAUCCAUACCAUCCAUUAUAUAAGUUUUGUGCAAAGAAAAUUACACAAAUUCGUAACAACGCUUUCUUAACACGGCGUAACAAUUAGAAAUUAAAGUCUGCAAGUUGAAACCUAAUUUUGUGCUGCAACUUAAUGAAUAUUGGUCCGGAAAAGCAUACGCACUUGCAUCCGCAAUCGCAACAGUGCCCAUAUCCUCAACAACUGUCAGGUAAUCACGAAAAAGAUUCGAAAGUAAACUCUGUUUUUGGAUCGACAAGACAGCAAUGCUAUCAAAUUGACUAUGCAUACCCACUGAUCAAUCAUAACCACUUUUCCUACCAAUUACAUCAGUCUAACCCUCACUUUUACCAUGCAGUGUGUUUAAAUUCCACUGCCGAUUCGAGUAUUCGUUCUGACACCAAGUCCGGCUCUUUUUCAAUGGUGAUGACACCCAGUCGGUGCAGCUCGCCGUUUUUGCCGCUCACGAUUCCUCUUCCAUCUACACCGAUACGUCACCAAGAUCAAGAGCAGUUAUCAUCGGACUACAUCCAAAAACCGGCUCAAUCGCAGACUCAUCGAACGUCGCCGAAGCAAUCCAUGAGUGUAAACUUAUCUCAAUUGGCCCACGCACAGCUAGAGCUACAGAGCCAUCUGCACCAAAAGCUUUCAAUUAGCUAUUUUCGUAAUUCAGCCUCUCCUACGGACAGCGGCAGGGCUGUUGGAAUAGAAAAUGGUGGGAAUCAGUUUAGUGGUGGGUCCCGUGGAGUCACGCCACCGCUUCAGCAAAACUUAGGUGCCACACAAAUAAAUUCUUUGAGCGAACUGGAAAGCAUGCAGCCUUUUGAUUUUCGAAAGCUCAGGUCGGGCUCACUGAGUGCCUUCUCAAGUCCGUUACCACCCAGUCCAACAGAAUUUUUUCCCCAUCACCAACGUCACAGUAACCAGUUCUUCAGCGCCAUGACUAUGGCUUACCAUUUACCGCCACCGCCGCCACCACUUCCUCUGCCGGCUCCGGCAUCUUCGGUAUCACAGACUUCCGGAUCCCAAUUGCAUCCACACACUGGCGCGUCUACUACUCCUGAAGAAAAAGAAGCCAUCGGAAUGCAGAUUUGUGGUGGAGGUAAAAACGACGGAUCCUCUGCCUUGGGAUCAGGAUCUAUGUCAGGCUCUGGCUCAAUUGCGGGUACUAGCCCGCAACGAAUUACCCGCUUGGUGCUGGCGUCAAAAAAAAGUCAGUUUCCCGGCGGCGGAAGCAAUAAACGGCAGUGGGGGUCCAUGCCGUCCAACUUAGGAACUCAGUUCAUCAACCCAGUGACGGGGAAAAAAAGGGUUCAGUGCAACGUGUGUCUAAAGACCUUUUGCGACAAGGGUGCACUGAAGAUUCACUUCUCAGCUGUACAUUUGCGAGAAAUGCACAAAUGCACAGUAGAUGGUUGCAGCAUGAUGUUUAGUUCCCGACGUUCAAGGAAUCGACACAGCGCCAAUCCAAAUCCAAAGCUUCACUCUCCCCACUUACGACGCAAAAUCUCGCCACAUGAUGGGCGAAGUGCGCAGCCCCAUCCGCUUUUAUUACAAGCUCCUAAUGGACUCAUGGCAGGCCUGACGCCGUUUGGCUCCUUUCCUCUGUUAACUCCCCCACCGGACCUACGUCACCACCAUACUGUAAUAAGUGGUACAGUAGCUCCGCCGGCGGGCGGAGCUGUCGAUCUUAAGCACAGUCAGGAGUACUUGAAACGCCCAUAUAUCGACAAUGGAGUGGUACCCGACUCUGGAAUAUUUGAUGUUCGAAGUCGGAAACACAAACUGGAAGCAGAAGGUGAAGAUGAAGAUGACGAUGAGAUACUAGAGGUGGGCAUUCACAUCGCAGAAGAUGAUGAUGACGUAGCAGAUGGAGAUGAUGAUGACUAUGAUGAUCUAGAAGAAGAGGGGAUAUUGGUUGUUGGUGAUGAAUUGGAUAGCAUCCUCGAGGGGGGUGAGCAUCAUAACACACAAAUAGGACCCAAAAACAAAAUUGCUGAGACCAAAAAGCGAUCCACACUUGCUUUAACAAGCCACACUCACACCAAAGAGGUGCGCAGCGCAGACAUUUUUUCUCUGACCACUUACGAAAAAGAUGAGACACUUGCUCAGGUAGCAGCUAGCAAACGAAAGAGAAAAAGUCAAAAUCCUGUGCGUUGCCCGGUUCAGAACUUUCCCGACAGCUCCCUGGACUAUGACGUUGCUGCUGAUCUUUCUCUUAAAAAAAAGUGUCUACCAGUAAAGCGAAAAGAAAUCAUUGUACCAGACAAAGAACCUGAAGUCCUUGGCGAGUCCACAAAGGCGAUUCCAUCACCGCCGCUCACGCCCUAUGGCGACCCCAAGACCGUGGUUAAUAUUAAGACCGAGUUGCCCGAGGAGUCGGAACUAAGCCAAGAAAAUCAUUACCAACAAAAAACAGACAUUAAGAUGGAGUCAUCAGAGGAUAUUGGGUUUGAUUCAGCUGAAAGUAAAUAUGCAGAUUUUCUCGUUAAGCCGAAAUUUAUUGGCGAUAAUAAGUCUGAAAUAAAAGAUUAUCCCUCUAAAAGCGAAAACAAGAACAGAGCGAUCGAAGAAAAGCUUGAGGCGAAGAGUGAAGUCAAUGCAUCUAAUCAUCAUGAAACUGAACUAGAGCUUGAAUCGGAGCCAGAUGUGCCCAUUGACCGAGAAAACCCUCUAAGGUGCAUGGCCUGUGGUGAAAUUUUUAAAAACCAUUUUCACUUAAAAACUCACCACCAAAGUGUGCAUCUAAAGCUCCAUCAUAAGUGCAACAUUGACGGCUGUAAUGCCGCGUUUUCUUCAAAACGUAGCCGAGACAGACACAGUUCAAACAUCAAUCUUCACCGCAAGCUUCUUUCCACUAGUGAUGGUAACAGCACGCUUACUGUAGUGCAGGAUCCGCUACUGGAACUAAUGAGUCUCAAUCUUAAUAACAAUAUGACCGCUGUUGGUAGCACUUCUUCGUCCUUAACUACGGGCGUAGAUGGCGUUAGUGCCGGUCCGGGAAUCGGAAGCAUACAAGCAGAAAUCUUGGCACGUAUUUGUGCCAGGGCGCACGGGGCACUAAACGUUCCGCUUGGCUUUGAGGCUUUGCAGCAUCGCUUUGCUUUUGGUCAUAGACAUAGGCAUCCAUUAGGAAUCAAUCAAGGGGGCAGCCCAAUUCUUUUUCCUAGUCUACAUCGGUUUCCACGAUUUCCUCAGCUUACACCAAACAUACUCGCUGCAAGAGCAGCAUCAGGAGGCGGUGGGCUUGGACUUUACUCACGAAGAACUUCGUCCGACUCAAACUCGCAGCACUCCACCACUCCGCCAGACUCAAAAAGUUCGCCGCAGCCAUACUCAUUACCGUUGGCAGCAACAAACUCUCGAUCCGGCUCAGGAUCUGACUCACCGGACAUUACGCUUGUAAAUAGUGCAUCAUUAAAUGUGGGAGGGGAUUCUAUUGCAGUAGAAGAAGUGGGUCAAGGGCGAAGCUCUGAUUAUAUAUCAUGACCUUGUACCUCGUUUUAUACUGAGGCUUUGGCGUUUUAUUACUAGGGGCCAAUGCCUUGAACACACAUGUCAUUUACAAAUAUUGAAAAUAUAGACUAAAAAUUCAUUCACUAUCAGGAUAGUUUUAGGAGUACGGCAUUGCUCAUUUAAACUCGAGGAAAUAAGGAAGCUUAAGCUUUCAUCCUCCGUUACCCGUACGAAAAUUUUUCACUAAGAUUAAUAAUGAAAAAUAUUAAGAGUAAAGUAAAAUUUUUUUUUUAUAUAGAAAUAAACUACAUUUGAGAU